UAUAGCAACGUGACAGCAUGUAAACAUUGACGUGGACUUCCGCGUUUAGUCAUCUGUCAGUACGUGACACGUGGAGGUUUUCUAUAUCACGCCCGUGACGUAAAUAAUUUAAACCUAUAUAUAAAAUGAAGCCUCUUACAAUUGUAUCAGAAUUUCAACUGACGUUGACAGAUAAAGUGAGUUUAAUAGCCAGUGAGCAAAACUACCACGAUGAUGUCAGUCGCACACAUGCCAUGUACCGUUACCUCUCAGCCAAGUCAGGAACCGAUUUUUAGCCACCAGUAUCAAGACGAAACAGUUCUUGAUGCUGAAAUAAGUAAUGUGUUAAACUCAGUGAAGGAUUUACUGAAGAAAUACAGAAUGUACAGCAAGGCGGCGGAGUCCAGUGUUGUUUCGGGCGGACUGCAACAGUAUCUAAUCAGACAAUUAAAGCGGAAAAAUGUUACCCCGGACAAGUCAACACUAGAGCGUCUACAAGCUCUUUACCUCAAAGAUUCGUCAACUGUUCACAUGCUGCCAGAUAGUGUGUACAACAAUGAAAAUGAAAACAAUACUCCGCGAUUUAACCGUCUUCCAGUAAAUUUGAAGCUGCACAUUUUUUCCUUUCUGGAUGCACAAGGAUUGUGUCAAGCCAGUCGAGUGUGCCGUGGCUGGUGUCAGCUGACCUCUGAUGCAUUGUUAUGGCAAAGGAGACUCAAGGCAGAUUUACCGAGAUGGGAUGUUCUGUCUCACACAGCCAAUCCUAAACUGUAUCAGGAAACAGAGUCAGAACUGACGGAUAAGGAAGUUUACUUUAAAUGUUCCCCUGAAGUUCAGCAGUGUCAGAGGCAGGAGUUGUCCACAUUCCACCAAGUAUCACAAGUGCUCAAGUCAUUCCUCCCAAAGAAAGCCCCUCGAGUAGCCAUGUUUGGACCAGGCCUUGAAACCAACACCAGCGGCAUUGUCAGGAAGAUGCUGUAUGAAGACAAUGAAACAUUCCAAAGAAUAGCGAUGUUUCCUGGACAGUUUGAAGGAAUGGGGGCUGGUAUGACGAUGAAGCUGCCCAAAGGGAACAGCUUCCACCUGACUGUUCUGUACACAGCGACAAAGAGGGAGCGAGAGAUGACACAAAACCGAGAUAGACUGGCUACAAAUAAACUGCUGAGUAAGCAGAAACAGAGUCAGGAUGGCAGUGAUAGUGAAACCUACGAGCUCCAGCAGUCAAUCAAAGAUCUGUGUCACACUCUAGAUGCCUUUGUGUUUGUAGUGGAUGCUUCCUGCUCAGUGGAAACAGUGGAGAGCGGUAAAAGAGAGCUAUUUGCCAUGAUCAAUGAGAGAUGGUUAGCUCCGUAUGUUCCAGUUCUGGUGCUCUCGUGUAUCCCAGAAUCCUCUUCUCACAGACUUUCUGCUAGCGAUGUUGUGCUGGCACUAGAUCUCUGUGAGCUGAACAGGCCGUGGCUGGUGAGAGAUGCUGUGGUUGACAGUUUGUCAGGUGUGGAGAAAGGAAUACAAUGGAUUGUUGAUCAGUCUCAGCACAAGUACACAACAACAAACUGACAAGGAAGAUUAGCAAGGGAUGUUCUGGUGCAGCAGCAUAAUUGCAGGAGGCUGCAUGCUGACUGCACACUGACUGCACACUGACUGCACACUGACUGCAUGCUAACUGCACUCUGACAUGAAAGUCUCUGCAAACUGAUUUGGAAUCAAGCAAUAUUUCAUCACCGACUUACAUGCAGACAUGGGUCAUUGUGAUGUAGACAAUUAUGUGGACAAUUGCAUCAUAGUGUACAUCACUGAGUAUCUGAGAGGGCCAUAUGUGAUAUUGUCAUAUAUACUCUGGUUCAUGUUUGAUAUUUGUUUUUUUAUCUAUUUUCAUAUUGUUAAAAUAUUGUUUUUGAAAUCAAUCAAAUAAAAAUGACACUUUUGAAAUCAAUAAGUGUGUAUUGUUCAUGUAUGUGUGAUCUCGACCAUGACAAGCACCAAUUAUAAAAUGGCGAUACUGUUUUGAAAUCAAUUAGUGUGUAAUAUUCAAGUACUGGUAUGUGUGAUCUCAUUUUGUUUGUUUGUAGUUUAACGCCGCAUUCAGCAAAAGACCACCUAUAUGACAGCGGUCUGUAAAUAAUUGAGUCUGGACCAGAUUAUCCAGUGAUUGACAUCAUGAGCAUCGAUCCACGCAAUUGGGAUACGAUGACAUGCAUCAACAUGUGUCUGUAUCUAUCUAUAUAUCCUGGACCAUAGUCCUCUCUAGUCCUUCAGAGUUCAUAUAUGCAAUAUGUAUUAUACUGACGUGUUGUAGUCAGCAGAGUCGUGAAAGAGUGAGUGAGUGAGUA